UACGAGCCCACGUGUCACUGUGGGAUGAGCGAUUCGCCUCAAGCUAAAAGACCAAAACUAGACGAAGAGCUCGCAUCCAGCCAGAACGGAAGCAUGUCUGAAGGGCAAGAUAUUGACGAGGGACUUUACUCACGACAAUUGUAUGUUCUUGGUCAUGAGGCCAUGCGAAAGAUGGGUUCUUCUGACGUUCUCAUUUGUGGAAUGACGGGACUAGGCGUAGAAGUUGCUAAGAAUAUUGUACUCGCUGGUGUGAAGUCAGUAACCAUCCAAGAUAAUGUCAAGGUGAAACCUGCCGACUUGUCCUGCCAGUUCUUCAUACAUGAAGAAGAUAUUGACCAGCAAUUGUCAAGAGCUCAAGCUUCUCAUGCACGAUUGUGUGAACUAAAUAGCUAUGUACCUGUUAUCUGCUAUGAUGGAUUACUGAGUGAUGAAUUUCUUAACCAAUUUGAUGUGAUAGUCAUGUGCGAUAGACCUUUGGAAGAAGUGCUCGGUGUCAGUCGCUGUUCCCACCGCCAUAACAAAUACUUAGUUGUUGCUGAAACAAGAGGACUUUUUGCACAUGUGUUUUGUGAUUUUGGUGACAAUUUCAAAGUUGUUGAUACAAAUGGUGAAGAACCAUUGUCGAUAAUGGUUAAUCACAUAACCAGAGACAAAGAAGGAGUUGUGACCUGCACAGAUGAAGCACGACAUGGACUAGAAAGUGGUCACAAAGUGACCUUCUCAGAAAUUGAAGGCAUGGUGGAGCUGAAUGGCUGUGAACCUCGAGAGGUGAAAGUGCUUGGCCCGUUCACAUUUAGUAUUGGAGAUACAAGUGACCUAUCACCAUAUGUAAGAGGAGGAAUUGCUGCUCAAGUCAAACAGCCUGUGAUAGUGAAUUUUAAAUCAUUGAUGGACUCAAAUGCAGAGCCCGAGUUUGUCAUUUCUGACUUUGCUAAGAUGGACAGAAGUUCUACUUUACAUAUAGCGUUUCAAGCAAUUCACUCUUUUGAAAAUCCACAGUCUGGAAACAAGGAUGAGGAUGCUGAUGCUUUUAUCAAGAUGUGUCACGAGAAAAUGGAAAAUGAGUACACAUUCAAGGUUGAGAAGUUAGAUGAUGACCUCCUGAGACAUUUCUCAUACAACUGUGCUGCACAGCUUUCUCCUAUGACUGCAUUUAUUGGUGGAAUUACGGCUCAGGAAACGCUGAAGUGUAGCAGUGUUUCAUUCUUUCUUGCAAGUUUUAACUGGAUACAUUGACAUCAACUAAAGUUUGUUCCAGAAUUAAAGUCAGUUGCGACUUUGGGGAGUGGCUUAGGAUACCUAACACUCUAAAAUG